AUGUCUCCGGCUUAUCGCCGCCUGUCUAGCCGCAUUGUGUCCCUUUGGCUAGGCUUUCUCUUGCUUUUUGUACACGUGAAUGCAUACGAGACGAUUUCAGAUGAGACCUUGAACUCUCUUCCGCGGCCGAACAACGAUUUCGACAUUCACAAUGGCGCCUUGUUGUCACCUAUACUGAGGACCCGCGUCCCAGGCACUCCGGGCUCCACCGCGGUGCUCAAUCACUUUGCUGACUUCUUUCGAACCAGCUUGCCAGAAUGGACAAUUCAGGUGCAGAAUUCAACUGCCAAAACACCGACAUCCAAGGGCAAGGAAAUUCCCUUCAAGAAUUUUAUUGCAACUCGCGAUCCUCCCUGGGCCUCGGCUGGUGAUGUCGGGCGCUUGACUCUUGUUGCCCACUAUGACAGCAAGAUUGAGCCGAAAGGAUUUAUCGGAGGCAUUGACAGUGCUGCACCAUGUGCAAUGAUCAUGCAUGCAAUGCGCAGUAUUGACGCUGCACUGGGGAAGAAAUGGUCCGCCAUGAAGGAGCAGGGCCUGGACGAGUCCCUUGAAGAUGCACAUGGCAUCCAAGUCAUUUUCUUGGAUGGCGAAGAGGCCUUCAAAGAAUGGAGUGACAGCGAUUCUCUGUAUGGUGCGCGUGCUCUGGCAACACAUUGGGAUGAUCAGUUUUACCCAGCCAUGUCGGAAUUCAAGACUCCGCUGUCGUCAAUUUCUCUGUUCGUCCUUUUAGAUCUCCUCGGCUCGAAGUCACCAACCAUCCAGUCUUACUAUGAGACCACCCACUGGGCCUAUCAAAGCUUGGCUGCCCUAGAAAAGCGUUUCAGAUCACUCAAGGAAUUCAAGUCUUCCUCGACUGACUCGUGGUUCAUUGAUUCCGCAAAGGAUGGCCACAAGCUUACCCCCAUGGGUGGCAUCCAGGAUGAUCACCUUCCUUUCCUUGCCAAGGGAGUCGAGGUUCUCCAUCUCAUUGACUUUGCUCCAUUCAAGGGCUUCCCUUCUGUCUGGCACACAAUUGACGAUGACGGACAACAUUUGGAUAAGGAAACCGUGGAAGAUUGGGGCAUGCUCGUCACUGCCUUUGCUGCUGAGUGGAUGGAGCUGGAAGGGUAUUUCGACCACCCAGCAACCAUCCAGGAACACAGAGACCAAGAUUCUGCGGAGGCGGAAGCCAUCCACCUGGACAAGAAGACCGAGUUGUAA